AAUUUUCAAAUAUUAAUAAUAUAAUUCCUUUUAUACAUGAUAUUUGAUUUAUUAACGAUUGACUUACAAUUAGUCGUAAUAAAAUUUUGCUCUUUUUAGUAAAUGAAGGACAAAUUAUUUUGUUAAAUUAUUGAAAUAUUUCAUUGUCGUGAUCACGAUCUUUAACGUCUUCACUAUUUCAAAUUUCGCGCCAUACAAAUGUGCAAUAUAUUGAACAUAUCUACAAUCGCCGCCACCAGAGUAGUUAUUUAUGUUCACGUGAUUACUUUUGUCAAUUUGGACGAUUUUUCAAAAAGAAGAAUUGUGAAAAUAUGAAGAAAUCAUUAGGAAAUAAACAAUCAAAACUUGUAAUAAUAUCUUCCGAUGAAGACUAUAGUGAAGAGGAAGAAUGUCGUCGAGAUAUAAAGAAACAACAAUUAAGGAAAAAACAAAUCCAACCUAUAAUCUUAUCUUCCGACGAAGAGAAUGUUAAAAAAGAAGAAUUUGUUGGUAAGAGGAAAACAUUGAGUAAUAAAGGAAAUAAAUUAAUACUUGUAUCUUCUGACGAGGACAAAGAUGAAAAAAAAGAUAUUGAUACGACGAUUGUUAAAGAAAAGAAAGAAAAUGUCGGUGAAGAUGGUAAAAACGUCGUUUCAAAGAAAAAAGUAGAUGUAAAAAGGAAUGUAAAAAAGGAUGUCAAAAAGGAUGUCAAAAAGGAUGUCAAAAAGACUUUAAAAAGGACAAUUAAAGAUGUAGAUGAGACGUUAACGAGUAAUUUAAAUAAGAAAAAGAGAAAAUUAGAGGAAGAUGUAUCGAAUAAAAACAUUGGUAUAAGUACAAUUUCUAUGGAAUGUGUGGAAUGGACAGAAAUAGAUUACAUUUGUGAAGUACAAAAUAUUGGUAAACAACAAGCAGAGAAUAUUGUGAAACUUUUUCGAGAUGAAAAUACUAUACCUUUUAUUGCAAGGUAUAGAAAAAACAUGACAGGUGGUAUGGAAGCGGAUCAAUUAAGAUUGGUGAAAGAAUGUUUCGAUAGAGCCAAUGCAAUUAAACAUCGCACUAAUACAAUUAUUAAAGCUAUCGACAAAUUAGGAAAGUGGACUCCGCAGAUUCAUGCUGCAUUAUUAUCUACCAAAUGUGAGGACGAUUUAGAGUAUAUUUAUUCCAUGUUUAAAGAUACGUCUAAGCAAUCCUUGGCAGAAAGGGCCAAAUCGAUUGGCCUAGGUCCUAUAAGUAAUGCCAUUAUAAAAGGGGAUAAAAUACCUCCUUUGGUCUCUCUAGUUAAUAAAGAAAAGAAAGGAUUGCAAACGGAGCAACAAAUAAUGGAAGGAAUUGUACAUAUUAUAGCUGAUAUAAUUAGUAAAGAUAAAGUUAUUCUUGACAAAGUGAAAAUGCUUGAAAACAAAUUUAUUAUGGAUAUUCAUACAGCGCCAUUAAAAAUAAGAAAUAAUUCUAAGGACAUAAAAAAAGAGAAAAGUGUAGAUAUAAAAAAGUAUGAAAUAUAUUUGAAUUUCAAGAGUAACACGAGAGAUAUUAAACCGUAUCAGAUUUUAGCUAUUAAUAGAGCAGAGUCACAAAAAGUACUUGCUGUGAAAAUCCUUAUACCUGAUUGUUUGGAACAAUUAUUUAUAAGUUAUUGUAUUGAUUUGUUUCACAAUGCAUUUAAUGUAUCAAUCUCACAUUCGAAGUUAUUGAGAGACAGUAUGGAUUAUGCGUUUAAAAGGUAUAUUAAACCAUUGAUAAUUAGAAAAAUACGAAGAGAAUUAAAAGAAAGAGCUGACAAUGCAUCCAUAGAAGUAUUUGCUACCAAUGUCAAACAGUUACUUUUGACGCCGCCUGUGCGAGGAAAGGUUGUAUUAGGUAUAGAUCCAGGUUUUUUUCAUGGAUGUAAAUUAGCAGUAGUGUCGGAGCAAGGAAACGUUUUAGAAACUGCUAUUAUAUAUCCUCAUAAAAAAGGGAAAGAUUUAGAAAAGUCGAGGAUAAUUUUGAUCGAUUUAGUAAAGAAAUAUAAUAGUACUGUCGUAGCACUUGGCAAUGGUAAAGCAUGCAGAGAGACAGAAAAAUUUCUCUCUGAUUUAAUUCAAUCGAAAGCCUUUAAACCACUCGACGUUUCUUAUACAAUAGUCAACGAAUCAGGAGCUUCUAUAUACAGUUGUAGUUCCGAAGCCACACUCGAAUUUGGCUCUGGCCAACUCGAUCCAAAUAUUAUCUCUGCAAUUUCAAUCGCGAGACGUUUACAAGAUCCGCUUGCUGAACUGGUCAAGAUAGAACCAAAACAUCUCGGAGUAGGAAUGUAUCAACACGAUUUGCCUGAAAAGCAGUUAAUGCAGUCGUUGAAUGAAGUUGUUACAGAAGUAGUCAGUUUUGUCGGUGUCGAUAUCAACACGGCUUCCCAUUCUCUCCUUACAAAAGUUGCUGGUUUGAAUAAAACUAAAGCAACUAGCAUCAUCAAAUGGAGGAAUACUGAAGGUCCAUUUUUAAACAGGAAACAAUUGUUGAAAGUAAAAGGCAUUGGCGGUAAAACUUUUGAACAAUGUGCUGGAUUUAUAAGGAUUCUACCAGAAACAGUAAUUGUUGCUGGAAGUCAAAUAAAUCAAUCCAAAGAUCCUAAUGAAUCUCUCAAUUUUUUGGAUCAAACUUGGAUUCAUCCGGAAUCCUAUUCUGUAGCCUAUGAAUUCUUAAAAUUGACAGGAUGCAACGUAGAAGAAAUAGGCAGUUUGUCUUUCAUAAAAACAAUCAAAGCGUUCGCCGAAGAAAACGGCCCGAAUGUUCUUCUUACACAGUUGCUGACGGACGAAGACACCUUACAAGUUAUAAUAACAGGUUUAACAAUGAAAAAAGACGAAGAUAUAAGAAUUAAUUUUCAUAAGCCUUUGUUUCGUUCUUCUUUGCAAAACAUCAAAGACUUGACUAACGGUACUUUGCUGAGCGGGGCAGUCAGAAACGUUACGGAUUUCGGUGUAUUCGUAGAUGUUGGGUUAAAUAAAAAUGGUCUUAUGCCUGCAAGCCUGUGUAAGGGCCAAACAUUUUACGUAGGUCAACACGUGGAAGUAAGAGUCGUCAACAUCGAUUACAUAUUGGAUAAAUUCUGCUUGGAAUUUGUAAGGUCUAUUUGAAAAAGCGAUAUAAAAGAACAUAAAUAUGUGUAUAAUCGUAAAAUAAAGAAUAUUUUUAUUUCAUGA